GAAAAACUACAAAUUCUCCCAGCGUGCAUUUCCGUAUCGCAAAUACUUCCGUUUUCCCAUCAUGCAGUUUCAUAAACAUGGCCGACAGCUUUCCUAACAUUGACGAGAGUGUUGUUACAUCUCCGAGUACUGCGUUUCUACGAUAACAGAUUCCUUUAGAUUGAAGUAUUGGGGGGGAUUCCGCACAAUGCCGAAGUAUUAUGAGGAUAAAGAGGAGGAUAACAGAGCAUGCGCCGGUAUCAGAGAGGACUUCAAGGCCUGUCUCCUUCAGCACGACUGUGUGAUAAAGGUAAGAAGACGACCUUAGCUCCCCAUAAAGACUGAAUACAGGUGAGAGAAAGACUGAAAUACAGGCGAGAUUAAGACUGAAAUACAGGUGGGAUAAAUAAUGAAUACAGGUGACAUAAAUUCUAAAAUGCAGGUGAGAUUAAGACUGAAAUACAGGCGAGAUUAAGACUGAAUACAGGUGAGAUAAAGACUGGAAUACAGGUGAGAUAAAGACUGAAAUACAGGUGAGAUUGAGACUAAAAUACAGGUGAGAUUAAGACUGACAUACAGGUGAGAUAAAGACUGAAUACGGAUAGACUAGACCGGAAUAGUUUUCAAAACAAAAUUGUGAUCUAGACCCAUGACAUCGCUUUUUUUUUUCUUUCAGUAUAUCAAUAUUAUUACAAAUAUUGUGGGUUUGUUCAGUGUUUGCUGUCCAUUUACACCCAAUAAAUGAUAACUGGUCAUGCAACAUUCUCACCAAUUAACCUCAUAAUUAUCAGAGGACAUCUUCCUGAAUACUGAGCGAAGGCAGUUUUUGCAGUUGUUUAUCUUUAUGUGCAUUUUUCCUACUCUAAUUUCCUGUUCAUUUUUAAUAUUAAAUUUUCUUUGUAAUUUUCCAGGAAGGGAAGCUGCCCAGUGAAUGUUUGAAAGAAGGCCACUGCAAAGCCUUACAGACAUCUUUCUUUGAAUGCAAGAGGUCAAUGGUAAGUUUGCAGGGGUGAUGUGACAUUUGUGAAAACACCCUGGAAAAGAAAAAAUGUUGCCUAGAUGUCUAGAUGUAGCCUAGACGACUGGUCUAAAAUCAGGCUACUACAGGUCUAAAAAUGAGUUUUUUAGAUGUCUAAAUUUAGAUCAAGUUUAGAAUAGCCAGCUAACAGAGGUCUAACAGCCCACUGAGCAUUUCUUGCUUAACAGCUAUCAUAAUUAUUUUGAUGAAGUACUUGGAGAUCAGUUAUGCAACUUACUGUUGCUUUUUUAAAUAAAUAGUUAUCGAAUAAUGGGUUAAAGUGUAAUGUCUAAAUGCCAUCUAAAAAUAUACAGAAUCUAGACGAUUGAAAUUAGCUCUAAAAAAACUAGAUGUCUAAUAGCCGUCUGUUGUUCAGUGGGUGUGUUCCUCAGAGAGACCAGAAACGAAACAAAAAAUUUGGUUUUAUACAAAGAUGACCUGACUGGUGUCUGAAACGGUUCUGUGCCUUAACAAGAGUGUUUCCUUUUUUUCUAGCUGGACACAAGAUCAAGAUUCAGAGGAAGAAAAGGUUACUGAGGAGACCAUACUGGUGACUGACUGUGGGAUAAGGUUGUUUGGUAGUCCAGGUUAGUUGACGUGCAGCUUCACAACCUGACCUGAUGGACGUUUUCAAAGACGGUGGAAAACCAAAGGACUUUAAAUGUUUGGAGACAAUUUCCACCACCAGAAAUAGGAUUUAUGAUUCAUCAGCAAUGAAUGAUGUGCUGAGUAGCGCUGUGCACGACUUAAGCUUUUUUCUGAAUAAAUGAGUGUUUUGUGUUAUGAAAUGACACCUGUGAUGAAAGGCAGAAUGAAUAAAAUAAGUUUGUUUAAACUGAGAUUAUUUUUAAAAAACAUUUUAUUGCUGAUUGAACAUUAAAAAAAGCUGUGUGGCAUCAUAUGAUUA